AUGAGCCAGCUACUCACGGCGCGACAGGCGGAGGAGCUACACAAGUCAAUAAUCGCCUACCUGGCCUCUGCGAACCUACCCCAGAGUUCCACAGCGCUACGUCAAGAGCUCGGCGAGUCCAUUUCCGUUGAUGACAGCACACUGAAGAAAUAUGAGGGGCUGCUAGAGAAGAAAUGGACGAGCGUAGUCCGACUACAGAAGAAGAUUAUGGACUUGGAGUCCCGAUGCGCCUCCCUCCAGACCGAACUGGACACUGCCACCCCGACGUCGCUCUCCCGAAGAAACCAGGAUCCGGCAUCCUGGCUGCCUCGAGCUCCGGCUCGCCACGACCUGGAGUCGCACCGGCAACCGGUCACCUGUGUUGCCUUUCACCCUAUAUUCUCCUCACUCGCCUCCGGGUCCGAAGACACAACAAUCAAAAUCUGGGACUGGGAACUGGGUGAACUGGAGCGGACAAUCAAAGGCCACACGAGAGCGGUGCUUGACGUGGAUUACGGCGGACCGCGAGGGGGAACUCUCCUUGCGUCAUGCUCCUCUGAUCUGACUAUCAAACUGUGGGAUCCUGCCGAUGAAUACAAAAAUAUUCGCACCUUACCCGGGCAUGAUCACAGUGUGUCAGCCGUUCGCUUCAUCCCAUCAGGGGCCGCGGGAUCCCCAACGUCCGGCAACCUGUUAGUGUCGGCUUCCCGUGACAUGACACUACGGAUAUGGGAUGUGACGACUGGGUAUUGUGUGAAGACAUUGCAAGGACACUCGGCUUGGGUACGAGAUGUAGCACCAUCCCCAGACGGGCGUUUUCUGUUCUCUGCUGGAGAUGAUCAAGUCCCUCGUCUCUGGGAUAUCACUUCAGGGGAACCCAAGGCCACUUUCCUAGGGCACGAACAUGUCAUCGAGUGUGUUACCUUUGCGCCCACGACAAGUUAUCCAUAUCUGGCGACUCUGGCAGGGCAGAAAAAACCACCCCCUGCGUCAUCAUCAGCCGAGUUUGUUGCUACGGGUGCUCGUGACAAGACCAUUCGUCUGUGGGACGCCCGGGGCAAUCUGAUCAAGACAUUGGUUGGGCAUGACAAUUGGGUACGUGCCCUUGUUUUCCAUCCUGGUGGGAAGUAUCUGCUCUCGGUGGCGGAUGAUAAGACACUACGAUGCUGGGAUCUCACACAGGAGUGCAAAUGUGUGCGCACCAUUUUUGCUCAUGAUCACUUCAUCAGCUCGAUCCGCUGGGCACCUCCUCUGAUCAAGGACAGCAAUGCCAAUGCAGAUUCUGGAGCCAACGGUUCAGCAGAGCCUGCAGCAUCAAACGGGGCGAAGGAAGACUCCAACGCGGCGAGCAAGAUGUCCAUUCGGUGCGUGCUCGCCACUGGCAGUGUCGACCUCAAGGUGCGCGUCUUCGCCUCAUGA